GCUUGUUGUCUUGAAGUAGUGCCAAUAAGCUCCAUUAGUGUAAUUCCUUUCAAUUAUUAAUUUAAUCCCUGGUUUAAUAAGCAAUCUUGAAAGAAUUAUAAUUUGUGUGAAGAAAAAACAAUGAAGCACUAUGUAGGGCCUUCUCCGGUAUAUAAGUGAAAUAUUUAUCUCUGUUGACAUAGUCAUCAUAAAAUAAAAAAGCCAUUUCCACCUUUUUGGCUAUUCUCUAUUUUCUGCCAACCCCACCAACAACUGAAGCCAUAGCAUAAGCAUCCUAAGUGAUGAACUUUCUCUAUCAACUCAACAUGAGAUUCAACCUGCAACCUUAUUAUUAAACACAGUUUCUGUUCAACAAGAAUAUAAACAGGUUAAACAAAAGUAUGGCUUUUAAAGCUUGUUCUGAAAAGAAGGUUCAGAAAACUGGUAUAAAAGUCUCAAAGAGUUUUCCUCUUUCUGGAACUAGUCUUGCAUCUUUGGAGUCUUUGUCACUGCCACUGGUGCAAGAGGUUGUUCUUUCUGCAGAUAUGCAAUGUGAGAGCUGCCAGAAGAGAGUUUCUGACAUUAUUACAAAAAUGAAUGCAGAGACAGAAUCCAUUGAGGUGAAUGUAUUGGAAAGGAAGGUGAUACUUACUUUUAGAAUAUCAUCAUCAUCAACAACUGUUGGUAAAGUAAAAUCACACCAACUUACUCCAAUAAACAAGAUUCCUUCUCCUAAAGUUACCAUGAUCAAACGAAUAUUCCGCUCAUCCAAUGGUUAAUUACACAACUUAGGAAAAACCACAUGUGCAUAAGAUUCGGUUAUAUUGAUUUGACAAUGUACAGCACAUUAGUUUUUGUAUUGUAUUCAUCAUUGAAUUUUGUUUUCUGAACAUGGACAUUCCAAAAGAGAGAUGUAGGGAUUUUAUUGAGUUUUGUGUUUGAAUAAAUUCUUCCAUCCAAUGUAAUUUGAGCAACACGUCACAGCAUUGGGUUGCUUUUACUAGUAUUAGACUUUGAGAACAAGAAUGUGAUGCUUCACUUAUUUUUCAGUGUUACUUUAGGUAACAGCAAUGCAAAUCGUAGGCAUCAAGAGAUGCUUCCCUUCCAA